AUGAUUUACAAAUUGGAAACUGAGGUUUUGAAAUAUUUGAACAGGAGGCGGAGCUUGGAUUACAGUGAAAAAAUAACGAUAAACAAUACUGGAUCUGAACGCCUGAACGAUUUGUUGACGGAGUUUAUAAAUAGUCCUGGUGACGGGGAAAGGCAUUUUGGAAUUCUUGGUCAUCGUCGACAUGUGUGUUAUGAGGAUGUCAAAGAUUUAGUAGAGAAACUGCGUGAGGAAAAGGAGGGGAAAAUAAUACCUGAAGAUCCUCUACAGUACGAAAAGUUCAUCACUGAUGUAGCCGUAGCAGCCAAUGAAAAAGUCAAAGAAUUCAUUAAAAAGAAGUAUGAAAGGAGCUUAGAUGAACAUUUGGUUGGCGAAGGUCUCAGUCCGUCAGAAGUAAAGGAACAGUUAGAAAAAGAUUCGCUAGUGCCAGCUUCGACCAACAAAAUUUCUUGGGACAGCGCCAAUUUGGAACUUUCUAAAAUUUACGAGAAUGAAAGGGAAUUUCCAGUAACGGAUGAUCCAUUAUCAACUGCGAUUGACGGGACCUGCGCUUUAGAUGAAGACGAGGAAGAAAGUGGAGAAGAAGAUGACAAUGGCGAUGAUAUUGGCAGCUUGAUGGAUUCGGGUACGGAAGAAGCACUUGAUGAGGAUUUUUCUGAGGAGGAGAGCGUAGAAGUUCAAAGUGGUGACUCUGAAGAAAAUGGCUUGCCUGGAAGCUGCUCGGCAGUUGGUGAAGAUGGGACGUGUAAGGGUGUUAUUCUGCAGGAGCCUAAUGAUCUCACUUCUACUGAACAUGAUCACAGUUUAGAGAAUCAGGACAGUUUGGCUUCUUCAGAAGCUAUAACUGAGAGUUGCCCGGAUAAAAACGAUGACAUCAUUGGAGAAGUUUCUUCUGAUAAAUCUGUUGAUAAAUCUGUUGUACUGGUGUCUUCUGAAGGCAGCGACAGUGAUGGUUCCAGCAUUAUUGUUUUGAGCUAA